AAAAAAAGGAAGACGCAAUCUUUUUGUUUUUGAAUGGAUUCGUUACCUCUUCUUCUACGGUUUUGAUUCCUUAUGAAUCGAUUAUCUGUAAAUCUCAUUCUUUCUAAUUGCUUUUGAGUCUGAUCCAAUAAAAAAAAACCCGACCCGGAAGCCAUGAGAGUCCAUCCAAUACUUAACAACAACAACACAUUGAUCCACCAUCACCAUCGCAACCCGACCCGAGAACCCGGAAAGAAUCUCCGUCGUUUACCUCACAUCUUCAACCGCGUCCUCGAGCUUCCGUUAAGAUCCGAAGCAGACGUCUCCGUGGAAGAGAAACCCGAUUGUUUCAGAUUCGUGGCGGAGACGGACGGCGUUCGCGACGGCGGAGGGGGAGAGAUGACGGCGUAUACGGUGGAGAUCCAUCCGGGUAUUACAAAGAUCGUUGUUAGGACGAAUGGGUUGUCUUUGGGUUUGUCGUUGGAUGAGUUGGAGCUUGAUGUCUGGCGUUUUAGGCUUCCGGAGACAACAAGACCUGAGCUUGUUACGGUGGAUUGUGUUGAUGGGACUUUGGUUGUUACGGUUCCUAAGAUGGUUUUGGAUAUGGUUUGGGAAGUGGGAGGUUAGUUCUUGUUUUGUAAAUUUGAGCAAUCUCUGCUUUGUGUAAUGAAUGAUACAGUUUGUGUAAUGAUGGAUAUUUUAAAAAAUAUUAACGUUUACAUUUGAAUCUUUGUGAGUUUUUUGAUCAAGAAACGUGAGAGAGAAGAC